AUGCGGUAUUGCAUAGUGUACUUCACUGAAGAAAAAUCAGUAGAGCUUGCGCCAUAAUGCUAGAUUAAUGGUGAUAAGUGCUUCUGGCCUUUUGGUCCUGAGAGAUAUGAGGAUGGUCGGCGGAAGCUGGAACUAUCUCAGUACACAUCGGACCUGGAGUCUUCAGAAGAUGGGAAAAAGAGAAAUAUCCAAAAACCGACUCGCUACGUCAGCGACAUGGAAGACUCAACAGGACCGCCAAUUGUGCCGUGUAGUUUUCAAGGAUCGCAAGCAAACGACUGCGGCGGUAAAUGCAAUGAAGUUGAUACAAUCAGAAGGUGCGCACACUAA